UAGUUAAUAUAUGUAUAGCUAUAUUCUCUUAGAUAAUAAGUUAAAAUUUGGGUUCUUCUCUUCUCCGUCUUCUUCGCUGGCUCUUUUUUCAUCAUCCAUAAAGUGAAAGGCAACGCAUAGAAGAGCCAUCACUCACAAACAAAGAAAAGGCAAAAAAAAAAAAAAAAGUUCUCAAAAAACAUUCUUCUCUUUGGCCUUUACUCAAAACCCACACACACAUAUCUCUCUCUCUCUCUGGCUUUCUCUUUGUCGGAAGUCAUGGACGCUACGAAGUGGACACAGGGUUUUCAAGAAAUGAUGAACGUAAAACCAAUGGAGCAGAUAAUGAUUCCUAACAACAGCACACAUCAAUCAAACACAACAUCCAAUGCAAGGCCAAACACCACUCUCACAUCUAACGGCGUCUCAGCCGCUGGAACCACCGUCUCCGGCGUAAGCAACAACAACAAUAACAAUAUGGCGGUUGUGGCGGAGAGGAAAGCAAGACCACUGGAGAAAAUAAAUUGUCCAAGGUGUAACUCAACCAACACAAAGUUUUGUUACUACAACAACUAUAGCCUCACACAACCAAGAUACUUCUGCAAGGGUUGUCGAAGGUAUUGGACCGAAGGUGGGUCUCUUAGGAAUGUUCCUGUGGGAGGAAGCUCAAGAAAGAACAAGAGAUCAUCUUCUUCUUCUUCUUCAUCAAACAUCCUUCAGACGAUACCAUCUUCACUUGGUUUGACCACAACACUUCCAGAUCUAAACCCACCAAUUCUCUUCUCCAACCAAAUCCCUAAUAAAUCAAAAGGGUCAUCGCAAGAUCUCAACUUGUUGUCUUUCCCUGUCAUGCAAGAUCAACAUCAUCAUCAUCAUCAUCAUGUUCAUAUGUCUCAGUUUCUUCAGAUGCCGAAGAUGGAGGGAAAUGGUAACAUAACUCAUCAGCAGCCUUCGUCAUCUUCUUCUCUCUAUGGCUCCUCGUCGUCAGCUCUUGAGCUUUUAAGAACCGGAGUUAAUGUUUCUUCAAGAUCAGGGAUUAACUCAUUCAUGCCUCCCGGUCCAAUGAUGGAUUCAAACACUGUGCUUUACACCUCUUCAGGGUUUCCAACAAUGGUAGACUACAAGCCAAGUAAUCUCUCCUUCUCUACCGAUCACCAAGGGCUUGGACACAACAACAACAACAAUAGGUCCGAAGCUCAUAAUGAUCAUCAUCAUCAAGGUAGAGUUUUGUUUCCAUUUGGGGAUCAAAUGAAGGAGCUUUCAUCAAGCAUAACACAAGAAGUUGAUCAUGAUGAAAAUCAACAACAGAAGAGUCAUGGAAAUAAUAAUAAUAACAAUUCAAGUCCUAGUAAUGGAUAUUGGAGUGGGAUGUUCAGUACUACAGGAGGAGGAUCUUCAUGGUGAAGCAAAAUGAUCAAAAAGGAGACUGUGAAAUUAGCUUUCUAAUUCUCUUUCAUGAUCUUUUGCCUCACAUGGGUUACUUUAGUUAAAGUUGUCAGAACUUAGCUAACACAACAUAGUCUUUUUUAUUCUCCUUUCUUUUUGGGGUUUUUGUUAAAAUCAAAUAUUUAUUUUCUAAAUGUUUUUUAUAGUUGGGGUUUGAUGGUAAUUUUGGGUUGGUUUUUCAUUUUGGUUUGUCGAUAUAAAUCAGGGCGUUUGUGUAUGGGUAGAAGAAUAUGUGAAUACGAAUCUCGCGAGUGUUGUUACAUGGUAUGUAAUGUAACUAAGUAUUCAUCGCUUCUUCUAA